UGUAUCAAAGUGGGUCCAUCCAAAUUGCCGGGCAAUACCGAACCUCCCCUUUAUAAGUUUGCUAGUUGUCAUCCCCCAACACUGCCAAACACAAGCAUCAACAAAACAUAGAUCACCAUGCACACAAAGGUGCCAACCUCUCCCCUCCUCCUCCUCCUCCUCCUCCUCGCCGUCGUCGCGCUCUCGCUCGCCGUCCCGUCCACCGGCGACAUGAGGGCCGUGCUCUCGGGCGGCGAGGGCGCGGCCCGCCACGGCAUCGACGUGGCGGUGCGGCGGCUGGCGAUGGUGGCGCCGUCGUCGUCGGCGAGGCUGGAGGACGCCGUCGCGCCGGAGCUUGGGGUGGACAUGGAGCUCCACCGGCGCAUCCUCGCCGGCAACGUCGGGUCGGGGGCGCUCAGGCCCGACCGGCCGGCGUGCGUCCAGUCGUGCCCGGCGCGCGGGGGUUCGUACACCGGCAGAGGCUGCAAAACGGUGUACCGGUGCAACAACAAUUAAUGGCGGCUAGCUAGCUAGACACUACGGCCACAAAUUUAUUUUAAUUUGCAAUGGAUCGAUGUCUAUUGGUGUUUUUCAUUUGGCCUUAAUUUGAAUAGAUAAUUUCAAUCCACUAAAACCGUUUCCGCUUUGUAGUCAUUGAUGAAUAUUCCAGUAUAUCUUCUAAUUAACAACUACAGCGAAAGUUCUUCCACAUUUGAAAUUAGUUAAUUAAGGGACUAUCUUGUUGCAUGCAUGCCUCUAUUGUUGUUGAGAUAUGCAAAGGGUUGUUGUCUCCUCUCCCAUAUGCUCCAUAUCAUUUACUAUAUAUCGAUAUAUUUGGAUAGAUAUUACUCCCAACCAAAUUUGUUUCAUUUUAAUAGAAAAAAUGUACGCUCUACAUUUUUGUUCAGCGCAAAUUAAAUACACAAUGCCAUGCCGUGCCAGUAAUA